CCCAGAUUGCUCUGCGGCGCUGUUUCGGGUUCGUCUUCGUUCUACCGCCAUCAUCACGAAAGUCGCCAGUGAGAGAGGUUGAUUUACGUCGGUAUUUCUCUCGUGAAGCCAUUACGUUCCAUCGUAAACCGCACAAAUGAAGAUGGUGGAUAAGAUUGAAAUGAGCCUGGACGACAUUAUCAAACAGACCAAAGGGUCCAGGGCGCGUGGCAGCGGCGGUGGCGGUGGUAGACGCGGUAGAGGCGCCGGCAGUUCACCCCGUCGAGGAGCACGCAGACCACAGAGACCCAGCGGUGGCGUCAUGCGAGGACGCAGCCGCGGUGGUAUUGCACGCAGUUCUCUACCGUACACGAGGGGCGAUGUAAACAGUGCUUGGAAACAUGACAUGUUUGAUGGUGUAAAAAAAGUUGGUCGUGGUGCAAUAGGCAAUGCAGGAACAACUAAACUUUUGGUGUCAAAUCUUGAUUUUGGUGUAUCAGAUUCAGAUAUACAGGAAUUAUUCAGUGAGUUUGGACCUUUAAAAUCAGCAGCAGUACAUUAUGAUAGAUCGGGUCGAUCUUUAGGCUCUGCUGAUGUUAUAUUUGAAAGACGGGCAGAUGCUAUCAAAGCAAUGAAACAGUAUCAUGGAGUACCACUAGAUGGUCGUGAAAUGAACAUACAAGUAGCUACAUCUGAAUUACCAGUCACUUCUGUCCGUGGUGGUCCGAGACUUAGCAGUGUUAAUUAUACACAAAGACCUCAGACACGCUUUAGAGGAAAUCGUGGUACAGGAUCUAUUAGAGGUCGUGGAAGUGGUGGUCGGCGCGGAGGCAGAGGAGGCACUCGACAAGUGACAAAAACACCUACAGCUGAGGAAUUGGAUGCAGAACUCGAAGCUUAUGUGAAGGAAGUCAAGUAACAUCACAAAACUCUGCUAUAUUCAGAUUUUGUUUAAUCUAACACAAUACAUAUUGUUGCUCUUUCUUUCAUGAAGUAUACAAUUAUAAAUACUUAUAUAUUAAAAUUUAGAUGGUAAGAAAAUUUAGUUUUUAUUUUUGACGAUUCUUUCUCGAAAAUUGGGAUCAGCAAAUUUUACAAAAUUUUCCCGAACAUUAUAUGUAGAGGUUCAUAGAUUUUUUUUAUGACACAGUGAUACACAAAAAUUGAAAAAAGAACAUACCUAUGAUUGUAAAGACUGUAUGAAUUUGUAUGUAUUACCGUGCGUGUGUGCUCACCAGAUGAAAAAUACAAUGAGAUACAUCUCGAAAAGUUGUUGUUUAUCAAAGUACAGAAUGUGCUUCUGGCCCUCACAAUCUGAUUAUUCCAAAUGCUAUAUUGGGUAUCAGGAAAUUUAUUUGCAAUACCCAUUUUUAGGCUAAUUUUUCUGCGGGAUUCUUAGAGUAUAAUUGAUGAUACAUAAUACUUUUGUAACUUGCGUGUAUCCAGUGCAUUACUUUUUUAGCAUAAAUAUAAGCAUUAUAUCACUAUGCGUAGCGCAUGGUUAAUAAUGGACUAAGGCUGUGACGUACUGUUAUCUAGUCGGAUAUUAAUGAUAUACUUUAAUGCACAGUGAUGGACUUUGUAAGAACAUGUAUACAUUCUUGAUCAUGCAGCGUACGAAUAGCAAUCAAGUGGUGCAAGACUGAAGAAAAACUAUCGACAGAUUCUCUCAAUAAAAAGCUAUUCUUGAAA